GCAGGAUGUUGUUUUGUGGUGGUUUCUGUAAUGAUUUUCAUUUUGUUUUUGUUUGCAGUUCCAGCCACAGGAACAUUUUAUCCGUGCUGCUCUGUGGGCUCUGAAGGAGUUAACACCAAACAGCCAGGAGCUGCUGGUGGAGUUAAUGGCUCAGUACCUUCAGUCAGACAUUCUGCUCAGAAACAGCAUCAUGCUGCUUCUUGCUGACAUUGGAUUGAUCGAUCCUCACAAUUUCUUUGAGACGGAGAUGAAUUCGUGGAUCGCCUUUGAUGAGGCCAAGAGCUCCAGCAAGGAAAAACUCCGGCAUUUAAGCAGCACCUGGCUCAAGAAAUGGACUCGGAAAUUCAAGGAGCAUGUCCGAACAGCGUUGAAGUCACUGAAGAAGGGGAAAACCCUGAGAGGGACUAUACCAGUUCCACAAAGUCCUACCCCCUCAGUCAGCCCUGGAGUUUUGCCAAGAAAAGUGGAUCCCAAUCAACCAACCACGAUCAGGAUUCCAGAGGGUGUCCAGUCGGGAUCACUGGAACAGCUUCAUCCCAUUGAGACUGUGAAUUAUUUCUCUGAACUCCAACUCCAGAACAAACUCAAGGAGUUAAUGGCAGCAGAAAACGAGGAAGCUGCCAGAUCCCAGAGGGACCGGGAGAAGAUGAAGAACACAGUGCUCUUCCUGCCCAAGAUCCAGAGGGACCGAGCUCUCCUGAGACUAGGGGAGACCACCAUGACUAGUAAGCAGCUUGAAAAGCUCCACCUGCCGCCCAUUGUCUCCGGAUCGCUGACUUUUGAUAUCGGCCGAUACAUCAAACUCAAGGUGCCAAAGAUCAACCUCAAUCCUUUCCCCUCGGUCGUUGACAACUAUCCCAUCCAACAUGUCCUCAUCACCCUCCGCCACUCUGCUCAGAAAUACUUCAUCCUGGAACACUCCUUUGUGUCCAGCUACAGCUGACAGCACCCUUCAGCCCCGCUCAUCUCCCAGCCUGGCUGAUGGAACACUGAUAACACUUUACAAACGGUCAAACCACCCCCCCCCCCGCCCCAAAUUGAUAUCCAUGGGAAUAAGAGCACUGUGCCAGAGUCUGAACACCUAGUUUGUACUGUAAGAAAUGAUUAAACAUGCUGAUGGUUGUGUCUGGUCUGUUAUCUAAGCGAGAGUGAUGAGGAGAAUGGAGACUCACCUUGAGGUGGU